CUCUUUUGCUUAUCGGAAUCUUACGAUUGCAUUGUCGCCACCUGGUGCUGGAAGGCUGUAAUGUCAUGAAUGAGGACAAGAGACCCAAAGAUUUAUUUCAGAUAAAGCUGAGCGAGCCUUGUGGUAUUUCAACACAUAUAGAGAUUGCUCAUAGAGGUCUGGAGUAUUUCAAUGAAGAAGAUGCAAAAGUGAACUACAGAGAGUUAUUACAGAAACAUUCUGAUGCUUUCCAAGCUGGAAGUGUUUAUCCUGACACUUUUUAUCAGAGUGUCUGUAGGCACGGGCAAUAUCAUCAUGUGUCGGAAGACUCUCACUGGACCCCAUUCUUGGAGACUAGUGUUAAAUACAUAAGGAGAACCUAUCCAUUACCCUGGAAUGAGGAAGCUCAGAAACUGGUAGCCUUUUUAUUUGGUAUAGCCUCCCAUAUGGUAGCUGAUGUGAGCUGGCACAGUUUGGGAAUUGCCCAAGGCUUCCUAAUAGCUAUGGCAGAAAUUGAUUUUCAUGGGUCAUACUCUGAAGCCCAUCAGGCUGGCGACUUCGGUGGUGAUGUGCUCAGUCAAUAUGAAGUUAGCUUUGAUUAUUUACAGAAAAAAUGGUAUAUCCCAGUGAAGGAUCUUUUUAACAUAUAUCAGGACCUUUAUAACAAGACGGUCAUAACAGAGAAUAUAAUCACUGAAUGCACAUACAUACUUUUUCUUGAAUUAUAUGGAGAAUAUAUGGCUGCUUCCAAGCUUUACUCCACAUAUGCUAGAAAAUCGCCCUUCCUUGUGGAGAGAUUCCAUGAAUAUUUUCUUGGUGGUGUGGAUGACAUGGCUGCUUGGUCAACAAACAUAUUUCAUGUAAUGAGCUUCCUGUUAGACAACGGUACAAGUGACUGCUCUUUGCCUGAAAAUCCUAUCUUCAUACAGUGCAAUGUACAGAAGAGAGACUUCAGUCUUCCAGGAAAAAUACGACUACAGAACAAUGAAUCCAGAGACUUUAAUUUAUCAUCAUCUGUGAAGUCAGUUGGGACUGAUAUAAUCUCAUCAGAAUCUGGAGUCUAUUACCAAAUGAAUCAAUGGGCAGAGAGUUCAAUGCAGCUGAUGGCCAGUGUCUCCCAAGCUGUGAAUGUGAGAAAUAUGUUUAUGUAUAAGUAUUCAAACCAUAUCUACACACCAUCAGCCACUUAUUUUCUGAACUCCCCUUAUUCCUGGUUGGGGUGGUCAGUCACCAAAGGAGAUCUCAACAAUGAUGGCUGGGACGAUUUAGUUGUAGGAGCCCCAGGGUGCAGCACUAUGGAUCGUGUACAAUUUGGCUGUGUGUAUAUCGUCUACAGUAAUGAUUCAGGAAUUCCUUCUGAUCACAUGGACUUAGACAAAAAUGCUGAUGUGUUGCUGAGAGGCUUUGAGUCUGCUGGCAGAUUUGGCUCUUCUGUGGCUGUUUUGGACUUCAAUUUGGAUGGACAACUAGAUCUGGCUGUGGGAGCUCCAUCUAUUGGGUCUAGCCAACUUACAUACACAGGUUCUGUAUAUGUGUAUUAUGGGUCAAAGGAAAAAGGCUUUCCAUCUCAGCCAAAUAUCACCAUAAAAUGCAGAGCUACAUAUUGUAACUUUGGAUGGACGCUACACUCUGCUGAUAUGAAUAGCGACAAGAAGCUUGACCUAGUAGUCGGUUCACCUUACGCAUCUGGUGGAGGAAAGCAGAGAGGUUUGGUGGCUGCAUUUUAUGCAAGUCAUACAAGAUCCACAAAAGGCAGUUUAUUUGUGGAAGAGGCUGACUGGAGUAUUUCUGGGGAGCAGGACUAUGCUUGGUUUGGUUAUUCUAUUCAUAGUCUUCAACACAUAAAUAAAACAUUGCUAGUGAUUGGGAGUCCCACCUGGAAGCAAUGCGAAAGAAGUUACUGUGAAAGUCCACAAAGUCUUGGGAAAACAUAUGGAUUCUACCCACCAAGUAAUCAAACAUCAUUCAUACUGCAUGGAACUGAAGACCAGAGUAAGAUGGGCGCAGCAUUUGCAAGUGGGACUGUGGCUGUGAAUGGAGAAAACAAAACAGUGCUGAUGAUAGGUACACCCACACAAAGCACAACAUCCAAGGUUGUGUUUAUAAGAAGAGCUCUGACGCAUGCAGGUGCAGCAACAUUGUAUGAACUGAAAGGAAAGACUGACCCAUCACCCUUCGGCACACUGAGAGGAGACAGAGAAUUUUCACGUUUUGGAACUAAACUACAUUUAAGUGACCUGGAUGAAGAUGGUCUUGAUGAAAUCAUUGUGACCUCACCUCUAAGGACUGGAGACUUUACCUCAUCUAUGCUUGGUUCCCAGACUGGUAGAGUUUACAUCUAUAAUGGAAAUAUUACUGAUCCAGAACUGUUAACAGGAAGAUGCAAGUCUUGGUUUUCACCAUGUCCUGAUGACUGGGCACAACAUGUUCUGGUUUCUCCAGAAGAAAAGGCAAGGUUUGGAAGUGCUAUCAUUACCCUCAAAUCGAAGCAUAAGAGACAGGUUGUGGUAGCAGCUGUAAGAAGCUCCAUGUAUGCAAGACUGGCUGGAAGCCUUUAUAUUUAUGAUCUAUAUUGAAUAUUCCAAUUCCCAUGGAUCCUGAAGUCUGAUGCAUCGUGAAGAUUUUGUGAAAUUCUCAAGCUUUUACCAUUUACAACGAUCACAGUUGCAAAUAUAAAUAUUAUAAAUUUAUAUUGAAACUAUUUGGAAGUAGUUUGACAGAUCUUGACACUAAAAAGGUCUAGAUAAACAAAAAAAAUAUCUAAUUGUAGGCUUUAACAAGAAAGCAAAACUAACUGCUGCCAAGCUUCUCCUCUUCUCGGCAUGGCACAAUGGCAAUGCAUCCUUGGGAGAAACAGGUUGGUGGAGAUUAAUAGUCUUACUCCAAUAGCUAUUUAAUUCUGUUCGUCAGACAGUAUGCUCAUAUUAACUAAAUAUCUAUAUUAUAAAGUAAAAUAAACUUCCUAAUGGCUAUAUUUUCUAAAAUGCAGCUCUUUAGGUUUCAGGGCUAAACAAUAUGCCAUUAAUGGUUCUGGUAUUACUUCUGGUACAGAUUUCUAAUAAGUAAAAUUUGCAUUCUGCCCUUUUGAAUCUACUUUAUUCACGUUGGAUUUCACAUUCUUCAAAAUAAUGAUGUAGUAAUAAAAUACUAUUUACAUAAACCACUUUUCAGAUGCAAUAUACAAAUUAUAUUAAAAUCACAAGUAUAUGCAAACCACUUAAAAUAUAUUUACGAGUGUAAAUAGAAUAUAUACUUUUUUCAUGACAACAUAAACCUAUCUAGUUUACUGAUCUUACAAGUUACCGCUGGAACACUGGAGCUUGUGACAUCAUAGACUUGCAUUGAGGCGGCUGGGCUAUGGGAGGGCAUGUGACAGCCGUCACGCCCCCUCCAAUAGACUUGCAUUGAAGGGUCGGGGCUUUGACAUCAUGCCCCCUAACAUAGACUUGCAUUGAGGGGGCAGGGCGUGACAACAUGAGAGGGCAGGGCUAUGACGUCACAAGCUCCCUGCACCAGCUACAGCGUUCAGAACAGUUUGUUCCAAACGCUGAAAACUUUUUUUAAAUUUUUUUUUAAAUCAACUGGUGCCAGAAAGUUAAACAGAUUUGUAAAUUACUUCCAUUA